UUUCCAGAGCUUAUUGAACAGGUCCUUACUGCUGCUAUUAAGGAAUAAUCCAGGAGGGAGAAGAUGGAAACAAACACUCUGACAUCCUGUAUCCAGUUAGGAGAUGCUGUGACCUUCCCUGAUGUAGCUGUGAUCUUCUCCGAGGAUGAAUGGCUGUGCCUGGACCCCUCUCAGAGGAAUUUCUACAGAGACGUGAUGCUAGAGACCUAUGAGCACCUACGGGCCAUUGGGCAUUGUGGGGAGAAGCCUGCGCUGAUCUCCUGGUUGGAAGUAGGAGACCUUGGAAGGCUGCAGAGAGGCAUGUUUCCAG